UGUUUUGUUAAGGCAAAUAUAACUUUAACUGCCAGAAAACUUUCCCACUCAAUAAAAUCGAUUUCCUGCAUACAAUUCUCAGCCAAAUUUUAAUCAUCAACGAAAUUUUAAAUUGACCCAAGGGGAGAUAGAUGAAUUAAAGAGCUACAGUUUCUGCCAUUGACAGUUUUGAACUUUACCAGACAUCAUAUAUCUAGAUUUAGUUGGAUAAUGAAAUUGAGUGGUUUACAUUUACUUGCUUCUGCAUUGGCUAUUACUGAAGGUGUGUUUGCCUUCUCAGAUACUGCCUCAUUUUACUCAUCCAUCAAAUUAAAUGGUCAAUUAGAUUAUAUAACAGAAGCUUCUAUAGUUUCAAAUUCGAUACAAUCCCUUUCUGAAACCAUUUGUGGAUCUCAAUCAGAUGAAAAAUUAUUUAUAUACAGAGUCAAAGCUUUAUCUCACGAUAAUGUUAGCAGCAUACCUUCCUCAUCUUCAUUCAUAAAGCACGUUCAUUACAACUCACCAAAUGAAAUAGAUUUUGAAUUCGGUUCUUCAUGUAAUAAAGAUAGUGUUAAAUACAUCAAUGGAGUUGAUGGUGAUAUUGCUGACUCUCGUAUCGUCAUUUUUGAUGUGGAAGAUGAUAAACAUCAUUCAAUUGAUGAUUUCUUAAAUACUCAAAAUGAAAAUAUUAAAGUUAUUGUUCAAGGUAAACCAAAAUUCCAAUCUAAAUUUCCAAAACUUAAACAUUUAGAACAUUUGAUUGAAGAUAAAUUAUAUGAACAUUUAAAUCUUGAUAUUGACUUCAAAGGAAAGAAAGAUGCAUCCAAGACAAAAAGAGAUGAAAUUGCUGAUGAAGAAAACUAUGAUGAUAUAUAUGCUGAAGUUGAAGAAGAUUUCAAAGCUGCUGAAUCAUUCAUUGCUGAAGAAGGUGACUCUAUCGUAUCUAUUUUUGAUGAAUCUGGUGCUGAUGAUGUCUCUGCUUCAAAUGUGAUUGCUCAAGCUGGAACUGGUGGUCUUUUUGCAAAAUAUCAAUUCUUUAGCCCUGGUAUUUGGUCAGCUAUCAUUAUUUCAUUCGUCUUGGUGUUUAUCUUAUAUACUGCUGUUGGAUGGCUUUCAGCUAUUGAAAUAUCAUAUUACUCAUUUGAAAAACAAGUAGAUUAUGAAAAGAAAAAUGAAUAGAGUUUCAUAUAUUUUUGUAUCACUACCAUCAUCAUUUACUAUUAAGAUAUUAUAUUUUUUUCCAUUAUUAAAACUUGUUUUUAUAUUCUAGUUUAGUUACUUUUUUAUUAC